AACGACUGAGCCACCCAGGCGCCCCGCCUCAUAUAUUUUGACACUUUCGUUAGGUACAUACGUAUUUAGGAUUAUUAUGUGUUUGGUUUUUUCCAUAAUUGAUCCCUUUGUCAUUAUGUAGUGCCUUUUUUUUUAUCUCUGAUACUUUAAUUGUUCUCAAGUCUGCUUUAUCUGAAAUUAUAUAGCUAUUCCAGCAUUUUUUUUGUAGGCUCUGUGCCCACUGUGGGGCUUGAAUUCAUGCCCCCAAGAUUAAGAGUCAAAUACUGUACCCCCUGAGCCAGCCAGGCACCCCUCCAGCAUCCUUUUUUGUCCAUAUUUCUUUUGAUUAGUAUAUAUGGUGGUAUAUAAUCUUUCUCCAUUGCUUUCCUUGUAAACUUUCAGAGUCUUUAUUUGUUUAUUUAUUUUAAAGACUUUAUUUAUUUAUUUGUCAGAGAGCACAAGCAGGGGGAUCGGCAGGCAGAGGGAGAAGCAGGCUCCCUGCUGAGCAAGGAGCCCGUUGCAAGACUUGAUCCCAGGACCCCAGGAUCCUGACCUGAGGCGAAGGCAGAUGCUUAACCCACUGAGCCACCCAAGCACCCAGUCUUUAUUUUUAAAAUGGGCCUCUUGUCCAAAACAUAUAGUUGGAUUUUAUUUGUCCAUUCUGACAAUUUCUGUCUUUAGUGGGUGUAUUUGGAGCAUUCAUAUUUAAAAUGAUUCUUGAUAUAUAUUUGGAUUAAUAUCAACAAUGUGUAACUGUUUUCCAUUUGUUUCCAAGGCUUCUUUUUCUGCCUUCUCUAGUUCUGAGUAUUUUACAUGAUUCCAUUUGUCUUCUCUUAGUGUAUCAAUUAUAUUUCUUUUAAAAAAAUUUUUACUUAUUUCCCUCAAUUUUACAAUAUAUAUUUUUAACUAGGUUUACUUUCAAAAAACCAUCUUCUGCUUCACUUAUAUGUAGUAUAGGUACCCUAUUACAGAGUAUUCAUUAUUCAUUUCACUUAUUCAUAUGCUAUAAUCACUAAAUAUAUUGUUAAUAUUAGUACUUUAAACAUUUAUCUUUUGUAUCACUUAAGAAUAAGAAAAAGGAAACAAUUUCAUUAUACUUUCAUGUAUUCCCUUCUACUGUUCUUUAUGAAGAUUUGAGUUGCUGACCUAUUUUGAGUUGCUGAUCAAUUUUCUUUUGCCUAGAGAAAAGUUUUUAACAUUUCUUUAAGGGAAGGUUUGCUGGUCAUCAGUUUUUGUUUGAGAAAAAUCUUUAUUUCUCCUUCACUUUUGAAGGACAGUUUUGCUGAAUAUAAAAUUUUAAUUUGGUGGGUUUUUUUUUUUUUCCUUUCAACACUUUAAAUAUUUCCACAGUUACAGAGAUAGAAGUGUUAAUGCUAAAAUGGAAAAUUUAUUUCUCCUUGUAGUUCUGUCAAAUUUUGAUUUAUUUAUUUUGAGGUCAAUCUAAUAAGUGCAUAUAAAUUUUAAAAUACCAUAAAGUGACACUUGUUAUGGUUUGUAAUGCUUUUUGCUUUGAAGUCUAUUUUGUUAUUUAACUACAAUGGUUUCCUUUUGGUUACUGUUUUCAUGUUAUAAUUUUCUUCUAUACUUUUACUUUCAGUCUUUAUGUAUUUUUAUAUUUCAGAUGUCUUUUGUAAACAGUAUAACAUUGUGUUUUUUCCAGUCUGAAAAUCUUUCAAUUGCUUCAUGUAAACCAUUUAUAUUUAAUGUACUCACUGAUAUUAAUAGAUGUAAGUUAACCAUUGUAAGCAAGUUCCUUUUCUAUGUCCCAUCUAAUGUAUGUUAGUUUUCUCUUCUUUAGGAUUAUUUUCUUAUUUUUGCCCCUCUAUUAGCUUAGAAGUUUUACCUUAAUGGCUUUCUGGCAAUUAGAGCAUACAGUCUUGACUUAAUCAAAGGCUAAUAUUAAUUUUGUACUUUUACUUUAGCCUUCUUGACUCAUAUGUCAUUUGUCGAUAUGAAUUAAGAUUCUAGUUUUAUGUAGUAUUGAUUUAAGUUUACAUACAUAUUUGUCUUUUUAAUUGUUGUUUUUCCCUUUCUUAUCUCCAGUAUUCCAUCUGGGAUCAUUUUCCUGUCACAUGAAAAAUGCCCUGUAGCAUUCAGUAUUUCCUUUGGUUCAUGCCUGCUGAUGGCAAACUCUCCUUUUUUGUUUAUUUGUAAAGGUCUUUAUUUCACCUUUAAUUUUGAAGGGUAUUUUUCCUGGUUCUUAAUUUUUUUGGCUGGCAAUUAUUUUCUUUCAAGUUGCUAAAGAUACCAUUCUACUGUCUUCAUACCUCCAUUGUUGCUCUUAAGAAGCCAUCAAUCAGCCUAACUUUUGUUCCUUUCAAGGUGUACUCUAUUUUUCUGGCUACUUUUAUGAUUUUGUCUUUGAUUCUCUGAAAGGUCACUAUUAUGCAUCUAUGUGUGAGUUUCUUCUUAUCCUGUUUGGGAUAUCUUGGACUUCUUAGAUCUAUGGAUCAGUGUCUUUCAUCAGUUCUGAAAAAUCCUCAGUUGUCUCUUCAGAGGUUGCCUCUGAACAUUUCCAUUUCUCUUUUCCUUCUGGAACUCCAAGUAAACAUUUGUUAGGUCUUACCAUGCCCUCCCAUCUGAAUUUUCCAUCUUUUUGACUACCUGUACAGCCUUAUGGAUAGUUUCUUCUGAACAUAAUUUCUAGUUCUUUACUUCUCGUUUGAGCUGCAUCUAAUCUGCUGUUAAAGCCAUCCACUGGAUUUCUAAUUUCAGCUGAAGUUUUUUUUUUUUUUGUAGUUUUAGAAUUCCCUUUUUUUUUUUUUUUCACUUUUUCUGAUUUCUGGCACCCUGUUGAAAUUUUCAAGAUUGGAUUUUAUUUAUCUGAAUACACUAAGCAUUGUGUUUUCAUAGUCUGUAUCUGAUGAUUCAGAUCAUUCAAAACUAAUGGAUCUGUUUGUGUUGGCUGUUGUCUCUACCGCUUCAUAUUUAUGAUGUCUUUUUUUAUUUGUAUUCCUAGUUAUCUUUCUGUGUGGACUUUGUACAUGAACAAUUGUUGGUUGAAAUAAUUUGGGGCCUAGGAUGAUGGACACUUACUCCAGAGAAGAUUUUAUUUGCAUUGGUCAGGGCUUAUAAGGGUUCUUCCUGUCUGGAACCACCAUAAUCUUUGUUUAAAGCUUAAAGUUUACUAGUCCAAUUAGAUGUUGCAAGGCCAAACUAAAAGACUUUGUGAGAGCUAGUUUAUUUCCAGUUUAUAAUUACCCUUAAACUGAAAUAUUUGAGGUUCCCAGCAUUAUAUGGGUGAUGGUUUGUUAGGAAAUCCCUUCCCUUAUAAUGAGCCUUGGGUCUUUGAUUAGCUGCCUUGAGUCAGCAGUAGAUUCAACACAGUUUGGCACUGGUGUAUUACUUAACCUCUAUUCCUAACCACAGAUGCCCUUGGGACAAAUACAGUUAACCAUAUGAGUACUAAAAGAAAAAAUGGGUGAAUUCCUCUUUGACCUCACAGAGGAAAAUAAUUAACUAUGAAUCAAAAUCUAGAUGGAAUAAAAGAAAAGUUUGAUAAAUUUGACUACUGUUUAAAUGUAUGGCAGAAAUACACCAUAUACAAAGUAGAAAAGCAACUAACAAGCUGGAAGUAAAUAUUUGCAACAUAUAUAACAUAAAGGCCUAAUAUUGUUAAUGUAUAAAGGAUACUGAAAAUGAGAGAAGGACCAACAACCCAACGAAAAUGUGGAAAGACGUGAACAAUUUACAGUGAUAUUUAAAUUGUCAAAAAAAUGCAAAAUAAAAUGCCAUGAGAUACUACUACUCACCUAUCAUGUUAGUGAAAAUGAAAAAGUAUUCCAACACAUGUUGGAAAAGGUGUAAAGAACCAAGCACUCUCCUAUACUGCUGGUGGGAAAGCAAAGAAACGGAUCUAAGGCUCGGGGAGGGAACAGCCUGGAGAUGGAGAUUUGAGAAUCAUCUGUGCUUAGAGGGAAAUGAACAGAAAUCUCUCAGGGAGAGAGAACGUGUGGACUGAGAGAAGAGGCCCAGGAACACAGCUACUCAAGGUGGCAGCGCCGCUUCCCGGUGGGCACUACUACCUGGGCUCUGGAGUCAGGCAGAGCCGCUCUUGGAAGCAGCCUGUGGGACUCAGCUGCUGAGCGCUCCUGGCAAAGUCGGGUACCGUCCCUGUGAUCAGCGGUCACACCUGGCAAUGACGUACCUCGCAGAGGGAUGCUGUGCGAGGACCUGAGAUGCGCCAGCACUCUGCAAGGCUAGAAAAGGAGGAAGAACCUGUUCAGAAUUCCUGCAGGACAAGGAAAAGAAGGGAAAAUCUCAACAUGGAAAAACUCUACAAUGAAAAUGAAGGAAAGCUGGAAAUCGAGGGAACGCCAGAAGAUGAAGUAGAGCCUGAAGAUGAAGGAAAAUCAGAUGAGGAAGAAAAGCUGGACGUGGAGGGGAAGCCAGGGCAUGAGGGAAAGCUCCAGAAUAAGGGACAGCCAGAUGAUGAGGGACAACCAGAAGAUGAGGGAAAGCAAGAAAAGCAGGGCAAGUCUGAAAAUGAGGGAAAACCACACGGUGAGGGCAAGCCAGAAUCCCUGGCAAAGCCUGAGAGUGAGCCACGGGCUGCCGAGAAGCGCCCAGCUGAAGAUUACGUGCCCAGGAAAGCAAAAAGAAAAACAGACAGGGGGACAGAUGAUUCCCCCAAGGACUAUCAGGAGGACUUACAGGAAAGGCACUUGGGCAGUGAGGAGAUGAUGAGAGAAUGUGGAGAUAUGUCAAGGGCUCAGGAAGAGCUAAGGAAAAAACAGAAAAUGGGUGGUUUUCAUUGGAUGCAAAGAGAUGUACAGGAUCCGUUUGCCCCAAGGGGGCAACGGGGUGUCAGGGGGGUGAGGGGUGGAGGUAGGGGCCAAAGAGGCUUACAUGAUAUCCCAUAUCUUUAAUGCCUUUGGCCUUCAAUUUUGUUUUCUCUGAUGAGAAUAUUGCUGCCGCUGCUUUCCCUGGCAGGCAUUUGCCAGGCUAUGUGCUUUAACCUUAAGCUGAUAUUUUGCUUUAGGUGUCACUCUUGUUACCAGCAGCCUUUUGAUCCAACUACAGUGUUCUCCGUCUUUCAGUAGGGAAUUUUCACCCUUGUGCAUGGAAGAAAUGUUCAUGGUACACUGUAAAAUAACAAUAAAGAAAAAACAGUUUUCAGAACCACA